AUGAUGUUGCAGAAGGAAGAGGAGUUUGAGCUUUGCUGCGCAGAGCGUGUGAAAGCGCUUGAGGCGCGGGAAGCUGCAAUGGUCGAGUCGCAGGCAGCGGUGAAUCAACAUGAUGCUCUUGAACAAGAGGUUCAAGAGCAGAUGCGUGUGCUGGAAGAGCGCAAACGGAUGAUGUUGCAGAAGGAAGAGGAGUUUGAGCUUUGCUGCGCAGAGCGUGUGAAAGCGCUUGAGGCGCGGGAAGCUGCAAUGGUCGAGUCGCAGGCAGCGGUGAAGCAACAUGAUGCUCUUGAACAAGAGGUUCAAGAGCAGAUGCGUGUGCUGGAAGAGCGCAAACGGAUGAUAUUGCAGAAGGAAGAGGAGUUUGAGCUUUGCUGCGCAGAGCGUGUGAAAGCGCUUGAGGCGCGGGAAGCUGCAAUGGUCGAGUCGCAGGCAGCGGUGAAGCAACAUGAUGCUCUUGAACAAGAGGUUCAAGAGCAGAUGCGUGUGCUGGAAGAGCGCAAACGGAUGAUGUUGCAGAAGGAAGAUGAGUUUGAGCUUUGCUGCGCAGAGCGGGUGAAAGCGCUUGAGGCGCGGGAAGCUGCAACGGUCGAGUCGCAGGCAGCGGUGAAGCAACAUGAUGCUCUUGAACAAGAGGUUCAAGAGGAGAUGCGUGUGCUGGAAGAGCGCAAACGGAUGAUGUUGCAGAAGGAAGAGGAGUUUGAGCUUUGCUGCGCAGCGUGUGUGAAAGCGCUUGAGGCGCGGGAAGCUGCAAUGGUCGAGUCGCAGGCAGCGGUGAAGCAACAUGAUGCUCUUGAACAAGAGGUUCAAGAGCAGAUGCGUGUGCUGCAAGGGCGCAAACGGAUGAUGUUGCAGAAGGAAGAGGAGUUUGAGCUUUGCUGCGCAGAGCGUGUGAGAGCGCUUGAGGCGCGGGAAGCUGCAAUGGUCGAGUCGCAGGCAGCGGUGAAGCAACAUGGUGCUCUUGAACAAGAGGUUCAAGAGCAGAUGCGUGUGCUGGAAGAGCGCAAACGGAUGAUGUUGCAGAAGGAAGAGGAGUUUGAGCUUUGCUGCGCAGAGCGUGUGAGAGCGCUUGAGGCGCGGGAAGCUGCAAUGGUCGAGUCGCAGGCAGCGGUGAAGCAACAUGAUGCUCUUGAACAAGAGGUUCAAGAGCAGAUGCGUGUGCUGGAAGAGCGCAAACGGAUGAUGUUGCAGAAGGAAGAGGAGUUUGAGCUUUGCUGCGCAGAGCGUGUGAGAGCGCUUGAGGCGCGGGAAGCUGCUGCAGUUGAGCUAGAGAGAGUUCUUCAGCAGCAACAGUCUCGCGAGGAGUUGCCUGGCAAGGAUGACGCUCAACUUCAGGGGCAUUUAUCCCAGCAAUUGAGCAACUUAGAGGGGCGGGAAGCCCGACUCUUGCAGAAAGAGGCGGAGCUGGAACAGCGCCAGGUUGAGAGUGAUAGACUUUUGCAGUCGCGUGAAGUUGCAGCAGCCGAACGAGAGGCCCAAUUGAGAGAGAUUCAGGCUGAGGAGGAGACUCGCAGGUCUCAAGACGACACAGUUCGCAGAUGCUUUCACGAGGAGCUUGAAGAGCAGAAGCAGUUGUUGGCGGAGCGCGAGCAAGCAGCUUUGGAGCAAGAGGCAGCUUUGGAGAGAAGAGAGCUGGCCCUUGAGGAGUCUCAACAGGACUCUGAGGGACCCGCCACUCGCAACGAUAGCGAGGAGGUCAAGCGCCUGCACGACUCGCUUACGUUGGCGACGCAGGACCUGCAGGCGAGCCAGGGCGAAGCGGACCGGGCGAGGGCGGCGGCACAGGACUUCGCGGCCAAGGCCGAGAGGCUCGCCCUUCACAAGCGCCUCGUUUUGGCUUCGCGGCUCGGAGUUAACAGAGCCGUCGCGCAGUCC